ACUGCCCUGUGCUGCCCGAGAAGGCUCAGCACAGGCACCAACCACUGCCCGGCACUGCCCCAUGCUGCCUGAGAAGGGUUGGCACAGGCACUGACCACUGCCUCCAACUGCCCUGCGCCAUCUACCCAAGAAGGCUCAGCACAGGCACCAACCACUGCCUCCAACUGCGCCAUGCUGCCUGAGAAGGCACUGCACGGCCACCCCCCACUGCCCCGCACUGUCCCCACCCGGGCAGCCAUGCGAGCGACUGGAACUCUGCUGGCCUUCUGCUGCCUGGUCUUGAGCACCACUGGGGGCCCUUCCCCAGAUACUUGUUCUCAGGACCUUAACUCAGGUGUGAAGCCAGGAUUUCCUAAAACAAUAAAGACCAACGACCCAGGAGUCCUCCAAGCAGCCAGAUACAGUGUUGAAAAGUUCAACAACUGCACGAACGACAUGUUCUUGUUCAAGGAGUCCCGCGUCACAAGGGCCCUAGUUCAGAUAGUGAAAGGCCUGAAAUACAUGCUCGAGGUGGAAAUUGGCAGAACUACCUGCAAGAAAAACCAGCACCCGCGUCUGGACGACUGUGACUUCCAAACCAACCACACCUUGAAGCGGACUCUGAGCUGCUACUCUGAAGUCUGGGUCGUGCCCUGGCUCCAGCACUUCGAGGUGCCUGUUCUCCGUUGUCACUGACCCCCGCCUCUUCAGCAAGACCACAGCCAUGACAAACUCCAGGAUGCACACUCCCUGUCCCCUCCCACCCGCCUCAUGACCCAGCCUCACAGACCCUCUCAGGCCUCUGACGAGUGAGCGGAUGAAGUGCCGCUGGGUCACCGCAGGACAGCUGGAAUGGCAGCAUGGUAGCACCUCCUAACAGAUUAAAUAGAUCACAUUUGCUUCUAAAAUUAA